AUGUUUUGUGUCACAAGUCCUCUUCUGGAGGGACUUGAAGGAGGUGAUGCACACCAUGCUGAGCUUGGCCAUCGGGGCCUCCUUGUCGCCAAAGAGGUGGUUGGCGAUGUAGUGCCAGAGGUAGUUGACAAUGAUUGCCAUGAGGUGGAUGAAUGGAAGGCGGGGGCGACGAGACUUCGUGGAGAUGUCCAGUGCUUUGAUAUUCCAUUCUCUGACUUUGAUAACCUCAUUGGAUAUCAUGUCCUGGAAUUUACAGGGCUCUUCCAGAGCCGACACAGCAUGAUCAGCUCAGACCACUAUGAUCCUCCUUCGCUCGCCGGAGUUGCGAGCCUGCUCUGCCUCGAGGCGCCAGAUGCCACCUUGAUGCUGAGACAAGUGGACAGAUCAGAGUGCCUUGGACCAAGUCAAUCGCGCCGCAGGCGUUUCCUUCCUCAGUAUCCAUCUGUGCCCUGUUGGGGUGUCUAA